AUGCUUUAUAAGCUCUUUCUUAUUCUGGUUUUGCUGCAAGUUGUUGCUGUAUUAAAAUCCGACAGAACGAAAGUUAGCGCUGCGCCGGAAAGUUCCAAAGCUAUAGCUGCUCGUGGAAUGAAAUAUGCUAGGACCAACGAAACUGUUUCCGCUGUGACUCUCAAAGCCAGUAAAGCUGGUGCUGCGAUGAAACAGCCUAACGCCAAGAGAGGUGAUUUUACUGUCAAAACCAAGGCCGAUGGGAAUUAUGCUGUUCCGGAAUCUCGCAAGACCCAGGGAUCUCGCCGCGUUUCAAAACAAGCAUUAGCUGAGGUAGGUAGAGAUAACACAAAAGACAAUGCUGUAAACAGUGCCAUCAAAAGUGCAAUGAAGAAACCAGGAAUACGAUGA